AUGUCCCAGCUGUCCAUUAACUCGGAUCUCGAUGAGCGAGAGCUAGGACCCGACGAAAGGGGUGAAGUUGCCGCCGGAGGAGGAGGUGGCGGCGGCGGCGGGCUUUCAACGACUCCGCAGGCAACCGGAAUGAGCAGCGUUCUCAAUGCACAGUCUUCAGAAGAGUUGCUCAUCAAUGCCGAUGAAGCCGACGUCGAUGAGGUCGAUCACCUCAUACAGGGCCGGGAGCGGACUCUCCUGAACAACUUGAUCAACAGAGCGCAGGACUUCCCGAGUAAACCCCCUCCGCUGCCAUCACAGCCGCCCGUGUUUCAGCAUCUGAUGGGCGGGGGCGACGAGAGCAACGCGGCCACCAUGCCUCCGAUGAACAUCACAUUGCCACCUCCGCCGAGCCACUUCGUGAAUCUUCAGCACCAACACCAACAUCCACAUCCACAUCAACACCAACAUCAACACCAACACCAACAUCAACAUCGGAGAGCUCAUCGACGACAUCGGCACAGCCUUGUCGAUAUAAAAGGAAGUCUGGUCGCUGGUCAUCUGUCGGGGUCGUCGUCCGACUCAGAUUCGGAGGGGGAUUCCUCCUCUUCGGAAGAUUCGGAGCUUAUCUGUAAUAAAACCGAGUGCGCCAUGAACGCUAACGCCGGCCACGAUGCCGAAGCAGGACGAGCACAUAGGAUCGCUUCGCUCGGCGGUGAUGGAAUGCGCGACCUCAUCAUCAAAAACAAACUCAGCGGGUCGACCAUGGGUCUCGACAUCAAAACCGUGGCGUUGCUACAAGAGGAAAAGCUGCAGAUGGAACGAGGCGUCGACAUGGACGACAGGUCGGUCAAAGGAUUCAUGGGAACGAGUAAGCGCAAGAAGAAACGCGGUCGCGGUCGGCGUAAGAAGAAGAAGAAGAUCCCGAGAUAUCUCCAGAGCGCUCCGAUCAAGCUGCUCAAGCAUCCGGCGGAGCGGUCUGCGACGACGUCGAUUCUGAGCUCUUUGCUGCUGAUGACGAUUUCACUUCUCACCGGUCUACCCCUGGUCGCUGGAAUGUUGAUGCUCCUCCCGCUUGCGUUUUGUACUAGGCACACAUGCAAGAGUUGUGCCGCGUGUCAGGACGGAGUUCUGUGCGAAGAACACCAAGACGAGAACGGAGUGGGUUUCGCUGGCCCACGAUUCGUCAAUCCGAUGGACAACCUGUGGCUUCACGACGCUCACUUCAAUCACAACAUAGGCCACUGCUUAAUCUUCAUGGAGCCCGGGCUAGACGCGAGCACUCUUGCCAAUCAUUUGCAUGAUCGAAUUCUCGACCGCACCAACGAACGGGGCAGACCAGUGUUCCGCAGGUUCAUGAAGAAGAUCGUUCCCCAAGUCGGCGGCUUUUGCUGGGUCGAUGACGAUGAAUUUCGUAUUGAGCGUCACGUGAUCGGUGACGACAAGCCUCUGCGAGAUUACAUGCAGCUCACCAGUUAUUUGACCAACCUGAUGUCGAAAGGAAUGCCGGCCGACCGGCCUCUCUGGGACAUUCGGGUGCUGUCCAAUUUCAACUGGGGCCAAGAGACCGUUCUCGUCGUACGCGUACAUCAAGUGCUCACCGAUGGAAUGUCUCUACUGAAGGUGCUCUGCAACCAUUUGGCAGACGGUGCUCAAUCCCGUUCGUGCGGCCGCUUCAAGCCAAGAUUCGGCGGCACAAACCUGGCUCUCAACACGAUUAAAGCAAUCCUCAUCGGACCUCUUGCAGCCAUCCUGAACUUCGCCUCGAAACCUGACUGUAAUAUCUUCCGUCGAGGGAAAUACGAUAAACUAAUAGGUGAACGUUCUAUCGCAUGGUGUCGCGACUUGUCUCUGGAGAAGAUCAUGCGCAUCAAACGUGUAACCAGAAGUACGAUGAACGAUGUUCUUCUGGCAGCCAUAAGCGGUGCCUUACGAAACUAUAUGCAAAAACAGGGCAUCAGUAACCCGCCCGACAUCAAGGUCAAUCUGCCUGUGGAUCUACGGCCGGAGCCUAAUCCCGUAUCAGCUCCGCCGUCGAUGAACAUUUCGAUGGGAUCGAAUGGAGGAGGUGUUCACUCGGAUUCGUCGGCCGGGGCUCCUCUCGGAACUCGUUUUGCGAACUGUUCAAUCAAAUUGCCCACGAAUACCGAAGGCGCCAUCCCUCGCCUCUGGGCGGUGCGCCAAGAAAUGGACAACUUGAAGGCGUCCUCCGACCCCCUAACCAUGUAUGGUUUCCUCCAGUUCCUUCUCGUAAUUCUCCCCUACCGUUGGGCGCACUGCAUUUUGUCCUGGUACAACAGGAAGUUAACCGCCCUGGUCAAUUCAAUGCCUGGUCCUUUGGAAUUCGUCUACCUCGAUAGUAAGCGAAUCAACAACAUGGUAGCUUUCACUGGGUGCUCACCGGACAUUCCUGUUUGUGUCACGUUCCUCAGUUAUGGGGAGAACCUCCAGAUCAGCGUGUCAGCCGAGCGAGCGUUGAUGCCUGAGCCGUACACGCUCAUCAAGCUUUUCUCGAAGCAGAUUGAGCACCUCUGUGAUCUUCUGUCUGCCCGACGAAUUCCCGGUGAUCAUUCGAAAGCCAAAAUUGGAUGUUACGUACAGCAGAGCCAACUCGUCCAACAGGGUCUUGCGACUAUUUCCUCUCUUGCGUCAGGGUCUCAGAGGACGCAUCCCACCACCCAACUGGUGCAUGGCCGAAGCGGCGAAGUGAAGACCUCGAUAACUAGAAACGAGCUCUCGCCCGAAGGCUCACUGUCCGACAUACAAGAGCUGCACCAACGUCUCCAGAGUGUUCAAGUGGAGCUCAGCGAACUCCAAGAACAACUCGAUGGCGUGAAACCAGGCGGAGACGAACGUCGCGAAAUGGAAAUUCGCUUGACUUCUCUGCGUGAGCAGUUCACGUUGAUUCUGAGCGAAAUCAAAAGAGUCAAAGGAGCGUCUCCCGGAGCUGCCUGUGAGGACGAUAUGCUGGAAGAAGAUGGAGAGCUGCUCCGCUGUCGUGUAGGCAGACGUUCAUUAUCCGCAUGCGUCGUGCGCCGGCCAUCACUGACCAUUCUGACGAAGUCUCUGACAAACCCGCACAACUCAAACAACUCGAUCAGUAGCCUUCACAAAACUCCUUCGGGACUCGAAGGCAGGGAUCAGGACUCCGAUGUACAGCGGAGCGGUCCAAUCGUAGCCAGGAAAGCUUUCGCCGGUGAUGACGACAGCUCGCGAAGAGAACUCUCCAAGUCGCCUUCGAACAGUAGCCGGCGACUCGUGACCAUUCAGAGACAAGAGAAUCCGGCCGGGAUUAUCGUUCAUGGAGGUUCCGCCGAGGGUUUCGAUUCCUUGUACCACCGCGAAUCAGGUGGUCGGGAUUCACACGACGACGGACAGGCGGCGCAGUCUUCAUCCAGAGAUUCAGUUGUUGUAGAGAUUCAGCUCCCGCCCCCUCCAACAGAGUUCCCAGGGGAAGCGAUCGACAGCUCCUCGCUGCAAUCGGGCUACUCGUCUCAGAUCAAUAUGUACGAAGAGCAGAGCAGCACAGACGACAACGCAUCGAUGCCAUCAUCGGUGGUAGUUCCGAUCCAACGUCCGGACACGAGUCCCUCUCAUCCUCCCCACUCGGAGGUGUGA